UUUGCUUAAAACACCCACCGGCUCAAAUAUAAAAUAUUUUAAACUAUUUUAUUCAUUUUAAAUUAUAAUGUUAAUUUUUCAAUCAGUGAAAAUUUUAGUAUAAUAAUAAUUAAUAAAUAUAUAAAUUAUUUAGUAAUGUUUGAAAGGUAUUGAAGGGAAAAAAAUGUUAAGCUGAUUGCUUAUGUUCUAGUAUUGUGUACAUUUUCAGGAUAAGAUCACUGGUUACAAUCUUUGGGCAUUAAAGACUUCAUCAAAUACAGCAAAAUGUCCGGCAAACCAUUUCACAUUCGGAUAUCAGAAAUCCUGAAGAAAACCACCGUCGAACCAUUCCUGUUCCUUGUGAUGUUCGGCUACAACUGCCGCAUGGUGACUCUUCAGAGUCUUUUACACGAUCGAGCAUGUCGAAUUUCCCUCAAUUUCUCAGAUGAAGUGUGUGCAGAUUUGGACAACGAAGACAAUGACUUAGAGCAAACACAGGCUGUGAAAUACGGCAACAAUAUAUAUAAUGCUGUCAUAAUAUUAUCGACCUUACCAGCUUUGGUUAUGGCACUGUUUUUAGGCCCAUGGAGUGAUCGUUACAGCAGAAAAUAUCCGAUUUUGAUGGCUACAAUGGCUAUAACAAUCGAUACUUCCAUACAGGCAGUCAUCACAUCCUUCAAAGAUGCUUCUCCAUAUUGGUUUAUGGUCAGUUGUCCCAUUUCCGGUUUCACGGGAGGAUUAAUCAUUGUUCUGUCCUCAACGUACAGCUACAUGUCAGACAUCACGGAUGAAAGGUCUCGCCAAGUCCGGUAUGCAGUCCUUGAAUUCUUCACAAUAAUGGCUACUCCCAUUGGCGCGUUGGUCAGUGGACAACUUUUCAAGCUCGGAGCAAGUCUCACAGUAGGAAAGUACCUCCCUGCUAUGAUCCUAAGCCCAUGCAGCUUCGCAAUGGCUUGGCUUUGGAUGAGGUUCUAUGUAGUGGAAACCAAGCCAAGAAGAUUCGAUAUUACGAGAAAACAGAUCUUUCAAGAUCUCUUCAAGCUGGAUAAUCUGAAGUCCAGCUUCAAGACUUGCGCCCGGAAGAGGGCAGGAAACUUGCGUAUGCAGAUUUGGUUUUUGUUAUUUGUGAGUUUCUCCACUCGUCUUACUCAACUGGGCUCUCUACAGAUUGGUUUUCCAUAUACUAGGAAGAUAUUUAAAUGGGACGUGUCUCGAUACUCCUACACAACUGCCAUUUUCAGUCUCGUAAACGCAUUCACCACUCUGACCGUCGUACCGUUUCUCAACAGGAAGCUUAUGGUGCACGAAGCGGCUGUUGGUAUGGUUGGAAUCAUGUCCCUUAUGGCGAGGAUGGUACUCAUGUCUGUGACGGUUUACGAGUUCUUGCUAUUUUAUGCUUGGCUGUCGGGUACCCUAUAUGCCUGCAGUGGAAUAGCUGUGAGGUCUAGAAUCUCCAAAUUAGUAUCGAAGAAAGAAUUAGGACGGGUAUUUUCUUUACUGGGAACUUGCGAAUCCGUAACUCCAAUUUUGGGUGCAGUUUCAUUUCUGCAGGUGUACAAUCUGUCGGUGGAUUUCUUUCCGGGGCUACCUUUCGCCCUGGCGGCCAUCUUUCUUAUUCCAUCUGCGUGCAUAUUUGCCUGGAUGAUGCGAAUGCCAACUAUGUCUCUAACUCAGUAUGAAGAAUCAGAAGAAGCAAAAACCAUGAAAGAACUCCCGACCGUUACAUCAGACAGUUUCAGCUACAAAGAACUGAAAUAAUAUUUGUAGUUACAAAUGGCGAAAUAGAAAUUGUCGAAUAAAUAUUUUUUUUAAAUAAACUUUCCUUAGAA